AUGUUGUAUUUCGUUUUAUUUAUUACGUCUUUUGUUUGUUAUUCAAAUGCAUUGGACAGAAAGAUAUUUGCAAAGCUUAAUCCAGGAUGUGACGAGUGUUCUAAUAAUGCAACAACUCUAGUAUACAUUCGAAGUGAAGGGAAUGCAGAUGUAAUCCAUCAGAUUUGGGAUUUCACUAAGCACCUACCUACUAUUGUACUCUGUGUAGGAAGUUUAAACUCGUCCUUGGAAAUAAAUUGGGAGAGGUCAGAACCAGUUAAAUUUGUUUGGUCAGAGAAACCAUGGUACUCUUUUGCUACGGCUAUAGACAAACUAUGUGAAUAUGAAGACUUACACGACACUGGCUACAUAGACCCCCAUUACCCACAAAGGGAAUACAACCUAGAUGGAGUCUCAUGGGUGUUAGAUGAGAGCAUUUUUACAGACAGUGAAGCUAUGGUUCAUGUUUCAGGCAAAAUACAUAAUCGGCAUCGCAAAAGAGAUGGGAUUGUCAGUAUUAAGCUGGACCUGCUACCGUUUAAGGAUUACGCGGUGGAACUUCCUCACUUAGUCCAUACGGCCAAUUCGACGCUGAUCGACGUUAGCCUCGUAAAUUUGACCACGUCCCGCGGGUUCAACGCGUCUAGGUAUGCGCUGCAUUUCUUGCUCGCGAGCACAGACUAUCCGGCCGAUACAAUGCAUUACACGAUGCGCAAGAGCUUGGACGACGAGCACACGCCAGGAGUCUUCGAGAUAAUAGAAAUAAAGACACCGUCGCUGUACAAUAACAACCAAGGUGGAUAUCUACAGUUUCGACCUGUAGGUUAUACAGCACCAGAACGGAAUGUUGCCAGUUCAACUGUGGCUCAUGUUUCCCAAUUUAACAGAACAGUGAUGCCAUUUGACAGCACCCUACGACUCUUCUUCAGAGACUCUCCAUCUAUGAUUCUGAUUCAGGAUAUGUUUGUCUCAUUCGGUGACAGUGGAGAUGGGUUCUACAAACAGCACAAUUACACCGCCUGGUCUUUUACCAUGGGCUAUGGAUCACCACCUGUGGAAGGUUUCUCACUCUUUGUAAUCCUGAUAAUAUCAAUUGGCCUUGGAGUGCCAAUUGUCUUAGCCCUCUCUGGAGUGACGUUCGUGUUAUUCAGAAGGUACAGACAGACAAACUCUCGGACUAGGUUCACAAAUGAGGACUGA